GCGGUACCUCUUCGGACGUGGACGAGAUCGUCGCUCCGCCGCGAUUCUCCUCUGGCGUCUCUGCUCCGAGGGAGUCGAGCCUCGCCGAGUGUCUCCGCGUAUUUUCUCCGUGGGAAUCAGCCCCGCGCGGGGUGAAAGCGGCUUUAUUUAUUCGCGGGGAGAACGAUCCGGGCCAGUCGGGAGCCGAGUUAACGUGCUUUUCAAAACAAGUUCAAAGUUCGCGGACGAACCGUCGCAUGGACCGAGCUCGGGCCUCGCGCGCCGCUCGCAUCCGAACACCGAUGUUUUAAGGGAGCCCGACACCGAAAGUCAAAGCUCGGGGCUCCUCGCAGCUUUCCGGACCUCGCGGCUCCCCCGAGGAUCCUCGGCCCUCCUUGUCCCCCGUAUUCGCAACAAUUGGCGUGCUCCUCGGAGCCGCGUCGCAACAGGCUCGGGGCCGCGUCAGGAUAGCACAUGCGAAGCGACUUCCACGGGGCUCGCGUGCCUUUCCAGUGCGUUAAAACGCGGUGAACCAGUGCGUUUGUUCCUCUUAAAGUGCGAUGUCCGAGGCCGAUCCUGGCGUUCGAUCUCGAUGAAAAAUCUGCGGGUGUUGUGCCGCGACAGGACUCGAAGUCGCUCGCCGCGUGCUCCUUCUCAUCUCGUCCUCCACGUCGCCGAAGAACAGAGCUCCAAGGACGAGCGCAGGAUAUGUGCACCGAGCGCUGCGAGAACGCCGAGAGGAUUGUCCCGACGGGGCUCAAAAGUGUAAUUGACGCGGAGUGGUAUUCGACGAGGGAGGCACUGACAGAUCUCGUGGCAACUACACGCAUCGACGCUCAUUAAAACCGGAGUGAUUCUCGAGAGGAGUGGCCCAUCGAGACGGGAGGACAAAGCCUGCGAUGUUGAUAUCGAUGAUUAUGCGAUAAUCCGAAAAUGAGCCCUCCAAUAAAAUCCAAUAGGGAGAGGAGCUUGAAAGAGAAUUCGCGCUCGUCGAACGCAGCACCGGUGCUUUACAGAGGGAUGCGAUAACGACGUUGAGCAUAGCGAGCGAGGGACUGAAAAACGUUGAUGUUUCCGAGGGCGCGAUCGGGAUCGAGCUGGACAAAAGAGUUCGUCCGGGAGUGAUCGUCAUUUCGAUGUCCUCCGGGGUCGGUCUUCGGGGAGUUUUGAUCAGUGAAGCGAGCAAGGGGGACUCGAGCUCGCCCGGUUUUCGCAAAUCCUUUCGAUCCCCUCCUUUCCUACCGUCCCAGGCUUUCGAUGCGAAACAAAAAAUGGCGAUCGAGAUAUGAGAUAAUCGAAAGGGGGCGGGAGUGAGUGCGUGAGUGAGUGCGCGGAAGCAAAAGUGCGAGUGUCGAUGGCUCCGGGCCGGAAGUGAGGGAUUGGGAUAUCGAUGAAGUUGCGGCGGAUGAAGGGCCGGCGGGACGUCGACGAGGCAAGUGCAAAGCCCCCGGUGUUGAGAAGCUCGAGGGAGAUGGCGCCGAGGUCGAUCGAGAGGGAACCGGUUAACCGGAGGAUGUUUCGGUGAGAUCCGGCGGUCGUUUGCAUCCAGCUUGCGCCCGAGGUGUCCGCACGCGAUGGGCAACGCUCCGAAGGAACCGCGCGAUCCUCCCGGGGGCUCCGGCUCCUCGCAGCGUCGCGACCUCGGAGGAGGGCCUCGCUCCUCCAACGUCGCCCGACUCUUCGCCGCCGUUCUGUGCCUCGAUGCCAUUUUUACUUGCGGUGGACAAAAACCAAUUAAUCUUGGCGGUGUUAAGAGACACGACGUUUAUAUCGCCGGCUUUUUUCCCUACGGGCGUCACGUGCCCGAGAGCCAUCUUGGACGCGGCGUUAUGCCCUCGGUUAAACUCGCCGUCGAUCAUAUCAACGACAGUCCAACCGUUCUCCGAAACUAUCGAUUGCACAUGUGGUGGAACGACACCGAGUGUAAUGCAGCAGUCGGAGUCAAGGCCUUCUUCGACAUGAUGCACAGUGGACCGCACAAAGUAAUGCUAUUCGGUGCUGCCUGCACACAAGUCACGGACCCCAUAGCCAAAGCGUCGAAGCACUGGCGCCUGACCCAGCUGAGUUACGCCGAAACCCACCCGAUGUUUACGAGCGAAAACUUCCCGAACUUCUUCAGAGUGGUGCCAUCGGAGAACGCCUUCAAUGCUCCCAGGGUCGCACUCCUCACUCACUUCAACUGGACCCGAGUCGGUACGAUGUACCAAAAUGAGCCGAGAUACGCCCUCGCGCACAACAGACUGGUCGCCGAUCUCGACGACAACAAAAUGGAAGUCGUCGAGUCUCAAAGCUUCGCGACCGAAGUGACGUCCGCUCUCGAGAAGCUCAAGGAAAAGGACGUUAGAAUAAUUCUAGGGAACUUCAACGAGGCCUGGGCCAGGCGAAUAUUCUGCGAGGCCUACAAAUUCGGCAUGUACGGGAGAAAGUAUCAAUGGGUGAUAAUGGGCACUUACACCGAAAAGUGGUGGGAACGAGCAGGCGGUGGUUGCGCACCCUCCGAGCUCAGCGAAGCUCUUCACGCUGCCAUCUUGACUGACCUACUUCCGCUUUCGACCGAGCAGCAGAUCACCGUUUCCGGAAUCACGCCCGACGAGUAUCAGGUCGAGUACAACUCUAUGAGGGGAAACGAGUACUCGAGGUUUCAUGGGUACACGUACGACGGUAUAUGGGCGGUCGCCCUCGCGAUACAGCACGUCGCAAGGAGGAUACGUCACUUCCGGAGGAACCAGACCGUCGCUGAUUUCAAGUACAGAGAUCCUCUCUGGGAAAAGCUUUUCUUAGAGGCUCUCAAAAAUACGAGCUUCGAGGGAGUAACCGGGCCAGUCCGUUUCUACGACAACGAGAGAAAGGCCUACAUCCUCCUGAAACAAUUUCAAAGGGGGAGUGAGGUCAAAGUGGGCGAAUACGACGGUGUCACGGGUACGCUGGACCUGAGCAGAGGUCAGCCGCUGGUCUGGCGAGGCCGAUCACCCCCCAAGGACCGAACCGUUCACGUGAUUGAACACUCCACGGUAAACAUCACGAUUUACUCGAUUCUCGUCUCGACAUCCGGCGCUGGUAUCUUCAUAGCAACCGUUUUUCUCGCCAUUAACAUCAGAUACAGAAAUCAAAGGUACAUAAAAAUGUCAUCGCCGCAUCUGAACAAUCUCAUAAUCGUCGGGUGUAUGCUGACGUACAGUAGCGUCAUCGUGCUCGGUCUCGACUCGCAAUUGUCGAGUGUAACAGCUUUUCCAUACAUCUGUACAGCACGGGCGUGGUUAUUGAUGGCCGGUUUUUCGCUUGCGUUCGGCGCCAUGUUUUCCAAAACGUGGAGAGUCCACUCGAUAUUCACGGACGUUAAGUUGAACAAAAAAGUUAUCAAGGAUUAUCAGUUGUUCAUGGUGGUCGGAGUGCUGCUGGUUAUUGAUCUCGCGAUCAUGACAACUUGGCAGGUAGCAGAUCCAUUUUACCGAGAGACCAAACAGAUGGAACCUUACCCACAUCCCUCGAGCGACGAUAUCAUGAUGAUACCGGAGAACGAAUACUGCCAGAGCAAUAGAAUGACCGUUUACCUGUGCUGUAUUUACGCCUACAAAGGUCUUUUGAUGAUCUUCGGAGCAUUUCUCGCGUGGGAAACGAGGCACGUCAGCAUACCAGCGUUGAACGACAGCAAAUACGUCGGUAUGAGUGUCUACAAUGUCGUCAUAAUGUGCAUCAUGGGCGCAGCGAUCAGCUUCGUACUCGCCGAUAAGCAGGACACCAUGUUCAUCAUGCUGUCAAUAUUCAUUAUUUUUUGCAGCACAGCCACUUUGUGCCUCGUCUUCGUUCCGAAGCUCAUCGAAUUGAGACGGAAUCCUCAGGGCGCCAUCGACAAACGAACGAGGGCAACCCUCAGGCCCAUGUCGAAAACCCGGAGAGACUCGACGCUCAGCGAACUCGAGGAACGCCUCAAGGAAGCCACUACCGCUAAUCAGAAAUUUAGGAAACAACUUUUAGAAAGGGAUUCCGAGCUUCAAAUGUUUCUGAGGAGACUGGACGAUGAAACGCUGACCGAUACCCAAGAGGCGAUGCACCGUUUGACAGUGCCACGAAGCGAGACAACAAUCGUGAAAAGAGAAGAGCCCACCGUCCAGCGGCACGGUACACAAAAUCACAAAGGUCCCUCAAUGGCGACGGAAACAACAGACGUUUCCAUGUCCAUGUGCAGCUUGAACUCGACAACAACUUCGCACCACGAAAGCGAAUACGUGAACGUUAGUUCGACGAGCACGGAUCAAGCGACUCUGCGGAAGGGUUCCUUUGGGAAAAUCCCAGCAAUCGCGAUUGACAGCGAGCGUAUUCCCCUGGUACCGGAAGCCGGAGGUGGAGCUGCUAUCGUACCGGCCACGAGCGAGUCUCAGCCGAGUAAUCAGGCGAUGACACGCGAUAGGAGAAAAUCGAGAACGAGCGAAGGGGACGGUCGCGAAAGCGAGCCACUUCUACUCGAGGAGAGUCCCGACCGCCGCUCCGAGGGGGGGAAAACUAACGUUGAUUUUGUGCCGGAAAACCUCGACGAGUCCGAGGAAUCGGUUGUUCUUGAAGAAACCGAAAUUCCUCGACGCGAUACCUCCAAAGGAGGACAACAAAAUGUAUCCAGAAUCAAAACCACCGAUUCCUCACCCUCGACCACGGCUCGCAGUCGCGCGAGGCUACCAACUCCACCACCUCCUUCGAAAAAUGUCUCCUUCGGACAACUCGAGGAACAGAGCUAUCUCGAACAACCCAUUCUACCCCCACCUGAUCAGUUCGUACACAAACAUCGACAUACCAACACUGGAAGUGGGCAUCAUCAGGCGUCAUCGAAACGAAGGUCAUCGGUCAAGAACAACGGUCUUACACAUUCGCAUCACGAGCUUUUCGAGAAGAGAAGAACCAGCGUACCUUCGACUCACGCGAUUAGUUAUAUAUCAACGGAAAACGUAUCGAGAGCGGGGAUCGGAGAAUCGAUCGACGAAAGGGCGUAUGUCAUCGGUGAAUGCGGGCACAGGAGACCCAUCACCGGCACCGGAUACCGAUGCGAAAAACACGGUGGCGUCGGUCGAUCUCAUAAUCAACACGUCGUCUCAUCUAUCAUUGCCAAUGGAUCAGCCGCUGAAAGCAAACAUUCCAGUCAUUAUUACGACAGUGGAAAAAACGCAAGCUCUCCGAGUGUCCCUGCGGUGGUCAACGCCAGUUGCUCCGAUACAGAAAAAUACGAGGACGCAAUGGCCACGAUAAUCCAACGCUCGGUGUCGGAGCGUUCGCGUGAAAAAUGCACGAGGUCACGCGGGACAUCGGGGGCCGGCGGGCAUCACCAGGGCUCGAUGACAACGGGCGAAUGUCGUCACAGGGUCCAGACGAGAAAAGUUCGCGAGUGCAGGCACACCGAGUCGAAAUUACGGCAGCAACAAGCUCGGCUCGAUUACGUGCAGAGUACACCGAACGUGGCGACGAUACACAACAGUAAAUUUGCCAGUGGUAAUCCUCGCGGCGGUGGAAGUGGGGCCGGGAGUGCAAGUGGCCGGAGGGUGACUGAUGUGGGUGGUUCAAACGGUGGUAACGGGAAAGCCAGCAAUGGAUCAGGAUCAACGGCCAAUCUCACGAAAAUGUGUAGCGCUGUUUCGGACGGUGAAUUAUUGGACCUCGAGAUAUUGCCGAUUUUUCAAAAACUCCUUACCGAGAGGCACAAGAGUAGUACGAGAGGUGGUUACGGUGCUAAUAUUGCCAGUUGUCCAAAUAUAUCCAUCAAGUGCGACAUUGUCGAGUACCUAUAACGUUAUUCCGCCAGAACCUUCGACGAUGGCGAGUUGAUCGAGAGGGGGCGCUAAAACACACCCUACGAAUGUACUUGUAUACACAUAAGCGCGAGAUUGUCCGAAAUUGGUGGCCGAGCGGUAUCGGAGAUUACGAGAUUCUGGAGGGACUGAUUCUGCUCGAUUUCCUUUCCCCUUAACCGCUCGUAAAGUGUCGAUCAACCAUUUUUUACGUGGAAAAUUUGCUGACCGUUUGCUCUUAUCACUGUUACGAGCGAUUCGGAACAUCCUCCGGGAAGUAAGUUCCCCACUUUCCGAGACAUUAUUCCACGGACAAAGCGUACGGAAGGUCCCUUCGUUCGGUUCCGGAUGACUCAUAAUCGACCGACUGGAAUAAUAAAUCCUCGAGCGAUCAUUGAAAAAGAAAAUGCUUCAAUCAUUUUCUUUCCAGAAUUUCGCGUCCCCUUCGCCUCCCAUUCUACGUACUGACGGGCCACGAUUUACGAGCAAUCCUGCGAACGUUUAGAAGCGAGGUUUUCCACAACUUUUUUGCAAAAUUUUUAACAGUCUAAUCUCCCUUUGGUUGGUUAUUCGUUUAAUUGAAUAUUCGGGAUCGAGGAGACGCGUGAGAACUUUAUUCGAAAGAAAUGGAAAUUCUGUAAAACCGAGAUGCAGACUUUCUCAAUGAUGAUCUAUGUAUAUAAAUAGAGAGAGAGUGUUCGUUGCGUGUAAAAUUAGUUGCCACGUGGCCAGGAGAAAACGCCGGAUAGUGCGUCACAAAAGCGUCAAUUAUAUUAACGAUAUACAUUGUAAUGAUAAAUAAAUAAAUGCUACAAGGACUAUCAAACAAUACUGAUAAGAACCUCUCGUAAUUGGCGCUCUCUGUCGAUAUGAUCGAAGAACUGAUUAAUUAAUAAUGCGUUAUUACGUGUAUCAUUUGAAACGAGUGGAUUUGGACUGAAAGUACCAUGUAAGAAGAGGAGAGUGAGAAAAAGGAAUGUGUGAGAGAAAAGACGAAAGAAGCUGAUUAGCACCGACCUCAAAUAUGACAAUUUACGAAUAAACCCAAAAAGAUAAAGCAAAAAAAUGAAUAGCUAGCAUGUACGAGCGUCUCCUCAUCAACGAGAAUAACUGGAUGAAUACAGUGUUUCGUACUUGGAAUUAUUGAUGAAUGCGAUGCAAUUAUAAACUGGUAUUGAGAAUAAAUGCGAUCGAAUAAUAAACGAGUCUCGAUGUUGAUUAAUAAGCACGUUAAUAGCAAUAAGGACAGGAAGCGAAUGUAAAAGCGGUUAAACGUCAAUCGCGGUCUCGAUAAGUGUCGAAAUUGGUGUUUAGUUAUUGAUAAGGAUAUAAAACUUGAAAAAACGAGAGAGGGACGCAUCAAUGGGGGGACGAUAAUGCCAACUGUAUCGUACAAUCUCACUGUCCAUCGCAGUGACGAUUACUCAACGUCACGAAAUACGUGUCAUUGAGAAAAUAAAACGAACGCCCACAUGUGGGCUCAUAGAAAAAAAUGUGUAUAUAUUUAUAUGUAUAUAUAUAUAUAUACGGGGCUGUGCCGGGUUCAAUGGUUCAUAAUGGAACUGAAUUUCUGGACAGUCCAUAAGUCUAAUAACUUUUUUGGACAGGUCCUUGACCCCAACGAGCCAUUGAUUAGUACAAUUGACCAACGCACUCGCUGUUAAUGCAUUCGCUGCCCAAACGCUUAGAGAUAGAGCAAAAGUGCUAAGGACCAAUCUUGUAGAACGUUGCGUGUUCUAGAAAAAAGUCCUUGGAAAUUUUUUCCUAGCGUCAGUAGCUUAGCCGUGAAAAUGCCAGGAAGGUCGCCUGCUCUUGCAGAUCUGCCUCUCUGGCGCUUUCGAAGCCAUUUUUCAAUCCGGUUCUUGAGGCCAAACUACGGAAAAUUGAACAGCGCUGCGUGGAACUUUUUUGUAGGAAAUUUCACGCUCUACAAUAUUAUUGGUCCUCUGCACUUUUUCCGUAAUCCCACUCUACUCGACUCUGUGCGCACUCUCACGACACCAAUAAUUGAUCAUUCGCCUGCUUGUAGUCUAAUGAAAAUGAAGGAAACGGCACUAGCUAUCCAAACUCGAAAUUAAACCCAGAACUUCACAUUAUCGAAUAUUCAACCCGGCCCAGUCUGCGAUAUUAUAUGUAUAUUGCGAUAUUAAAUUGUAAAGGGGAGGGACUAGAAUACAUAAUGCGUAUUAAGCGUAGUCUAUGAAGCGAUAAAUUGACGAGCCAGAGAUUGCACGUCUCGUUAGUUCGAAAAGAAUGUAUUUCACCUCCAAUAUUCUCAUUUUAAAUUAUUUAUAACGAAUAAUGUGGUAUAACGAUUGGCCUACGGUUAUUGCAUUUUCUGGAAAAUGCAUAAAACCCGAUUUUUUUUUCUCUCUUACUUCCGAUCGUAAAACAGUGUCGAAAGCCUCAAACGAAUUUGACUACCGAAUAGCUCGAUCGUUCAUCAAUUUUUCACGCCUAAUUGUGUAAUUAAAGUAAACGAAAACGAGGAGCGCUCUUCUUUCAAAAUAACGAGACGCGCCUCAAUUCUCACGUUGGCGACGCCAAAAAUACACGAGUCAUCUCGAGACGGGAGAUUAACGCGAAUCAAUUACAAAUGGUUCGAUACCGAUCUUUCUCGAUAAUUCACGUACACCCACCGCGCGACGAGACACUCGAUCAUAUAUUCGUAAGAUUGUAUCUUUUUGUCUACGAGUAGGGACUCGACGAUAAGACAUAUUCGUGGUUAAUCAAGAAGAUGCAACAUUUGGAGUGUCAAAUUAUUAUCGCGACGGUCGUAUUCGGAGAAUAAAAUGCGAGUGAACAAAAAUAAUAAACAUGUAUCCACGUGUGUAAAUCUAUGAAUUCAUACACAUAUUUACACUCGUUUUUACAUUUUAUUUAAAUUAUAUGAUAAAUAAAUAUAUAUAUAAUGGUGCGAUUUGCCCGGCCGCGGGCCGGCAUUGUUGAAACAUUUAAUAGAUGUAUACAAAAAAAGACGUUUUUUCAAUAUUACCAUUAGAUAUCAUACGAAGAUGAUAAAUUAAUUACACGAACAUGAAAAAAAUACAAUUACACUUGAAACAGAAAAAAUACAAACAACCAAAUAAUCAAGAAAAAUAAAAUAACGAAAAUGGAAAGUUGGUCUAGCGAAAGAUUUGUGUGAAUGUAGAUAAACUACCGAUAAAGCAUAAAACCUGUCGUCAAACAUCAUUCCAAGUUUCAUAGCUCGAGCAGCGCAACGAGUCUGAUUAUUAAUUACGUCGCCGUUUACAACGCAUAGCACAUUUCUCACGACGUGUUUUAACGAAUCAUUAGAAAUUGUCUGUACUCACUUUUGCUCCAAACUUUUAUUCCUGCUUUGCUGAUUAUUUGCGGAUACCAUUUUUUAUGGAAUUUUUCAACGGCUCGUUAUCUGGGGGCAGUGGAAACGGAGCAGUCUCGCAAUUUUUCUUCUAUAGUCUCUGGGAUUUCAUUCAAUUUUAAUGAAUCGUUGCAAGUGCUAAAACCAUCGCGAAAAAGGCUUCGAUAAAAUUCGCCUUUUUCACGACUCUGAAAAUAUUUCAAUAUUUUUCCGAAUAAAAAAAUCGAGGAAACUCCAAAUGCAUUUUUCCCAUUGAAAGUGUCUUGACGAUGGAAAAAUAUGAAUCUACGCUCCACUUUCACCGGCCCCGAACGAUCGUUCAACGCUAUUUUCGUAGCUUCGAUACUCGCCUAGUUUUCCAAAAUCAAUGAUUCCAUUUUUUUCGAGGGUGCAUACAAUUCUACGAUUUUCCUAAAAAAUUCACGUUUUUUUUCAAUAAAACUGUCGAGUCUCACAGACGUAAUCGAUGAGUAAACCGAUUCGGAGAUUGCUCGAAAACAGGAUUUUACAUUAUCGGAAUGAAAAUGAGUUUCAGGUCGACCGGAGGUUAUCUCGUCCCUCGUCGCGUAGAAUAAUGAAAUUAUUUGUCAUAGCAAUUGUGAAAACAAUGUAAGCGUGCUGUGCCCAAACAUCCCCGAAAACUGAUGAUGCGCUGCCCUUAAGAGAACAAAAUAUUCGUCUCCUCCGACCGUCUCACUGUUUUAAUCUCCAUCCACCUGUUUUAGGGUGGCGCACAAAGAUCAAUACCUGUCAUCGAUGUUUACCCUCCAAAUAAGGGCUAUUUUUUAUCGAAUUGAGCAAAAGUGGCGUCUGCAAUAUCGAUUGGAGCGAUGAAUUAUCGAGUUAUUCAAAAGUAUCCUUCGGGCAUGAGACUCUGCCAAAAGCGUUGACACUUUGUUCUACUUUUUUUCCCCCAUUUCCACAAUCUCCUCGAAGCGAGAUCGCAGACGUCAUUCUUCGAGUUUCGCGCUCUCCGACGAAGCCUAUAAUCCUUAUCGUUUAUAUUUUUCUUUUUUGUAAAUUAGAAUAUCUUCAGAGACGUUCGUAGAGGGUGCCGCGCCUUGUUCCUCCUUCAUUAACAUUUUCUACUCUAGAAUAAUACAUGCGAAAUGAAAAACAAAUUCAAAAAACCAAACAAACCAAGCGGAGCGAGAGUAUGACGAGUCGUCGGGAAAAUUAUGAUCCCCCAAUCUCCACGGGGGUAGUACAGGAGGAGAAAAGCGAGCGAGGCUGAAUUAGCGACAGGGAAAAAUGAGGACGAAGAGCCGGGCGAAUCGAUGAGUCGGAAAGAAACGUUGCAGGGCCCCUCGAAUAGAAGCGAAAAGAAGAAAAGUGGGAAAGAAACAUUAUUUCAACACGAAAUAGACUCGAGGGUAUACACUCCGGUGAAAUUCUUAAUCGAUUAUCGGAUUAUUAUUAUAAUAAUAUAUGCCAAUUUAAACGCGGGUUAUUAGAGUUGUACAUAGAUAAGGAAUAAAUAAUGAAAAUAUAUAUAUCUACACUAAUCCUCGUUUGAUCGAUCAAACGAAUUUCGAGCAGGAAUAAAACGACGACGACGACGACGAACAUAUUAAAAUGUUGUAAAUGCGUGGGUGUCUCAUUGUGUGCGUUAAUCAUGUUACGAAUAUACGAGAGUGAACAGAUGAAAAAAUCAUUUGCCAAGUAACAGCAGAAGAGGGGUGGGAAUUUACCCGACGACUCGACAAUCACAAUAUCGAGCAAUGCGCUCGACUCUUUAUUCAAUUGCGAACGCGAACUCGUGCAGGCAAAAUACCAAAAAUUUCGCGUCAUGUUCCCUGAAGAGAAGAGCGAUAAACGAAUUAUUUAAAAAAAAAAAAAAAAAAAAAACAAACAAAAAGCGUAAUAAACGAGGAGAAAAAAUUAAAAAAAAAAAAAGAAUGAAAGAACAAAACGAAACGAAUAAAUCUUUAAAAAAAAACGACGAGAACAAAAAUACAAAUAUAAAACCAUCACGACAUGUUCUUGUGAUACUGUUAAGUUGACUUUGUACAAGUACUCACGCAUUAUUGUUAUCACGACACGUUGCAAUACGUAAAUGUUUAUAACGAUGUAUGAUGGACUCGACAGGGAAAAAGCGAUACGACAAGAAAAAAAAUAUAAUAAGGUUGAAAAAAUA